CGGUGCUGAGAGCCGGGGCUCGGACGGGUCCACGGCGGGGCUUGCGCCAACCGCUCGCCUCGCCCGCUCUGUGCCGCUGCGGCCGGGGGCGUUCGCCAUGGCCGAGGAGGAGGAGCAGCAGCAGCAGCAGAGAGCGGCGCCGGCAGAUAAUCUUGUGAUGGAAGGGAGCCAAUGUGUUGCCUCUGCAGUCUCCACCCUUAUGAAUCCAAUAACCAACCCUGCCACUGCCUGUUCUUUCAACACAUUUUCAGUUGAGUUUCCAAAAAAGCGCAAAGGAAGUGAUUUUGAUAACCAGAGUGAAGAUGGAGAACAUGUAAAAAUUAAAUAUUUCAGGGAGGCUCAUAGUCAAACAGAAAAACGAAGAAGAGAUAAAAUGAAUAACUUGAUAGAAGAAUUAUCUGCUAUGAUACCUCAGUGCAAUCCUGUGGCACGUAAAUUAGACAAACUUACAGUAUUACGAAUGGCUGUGCAGCAUUUCAAGUCAUUAAAAGGUUCUACCAGUUCUUAUGCAGAAGUCCAAUAUAAGCCUUCAUUUUUACAGGAUGGUGAGCUGAGACAGUUAAUCCUUAAGACUGCAGAUGGGUUCCUGUUUGUGGUUGGAUGUGAUAGAGGAAAAAUUCUCUUUGUCUCUGAAUCAGUCCGCGAGAUACUUAAUUAUGAUCAGGCCAGCUUGAUUGGACAAAGUUUAUUUGACUACUUGCAUCCAAAAGAUGUUGCCAAAGUGAAGGAGCAACUAUCCUCCUCAGACGCUUCACCAAGAGAAAAACUUAUAGAUGCCAAAACUGGCUUGCAAGUACGUAUGGAUUUUCAAGCUGGAUCAGCUCGAUUGCAUUCUGGUGCUCGGCGUUCCUUCUUCUGUCGGAUGAAGUGUAGUAGGAUCACAGUCAAGGAAGAAAAGAAAUGCUUGCCCAACUCAAAAAAGAAAGAUCACAAAAAGUACCGUACAAUCCAUUGUACUGGCCAUCUGAAGAGCUGGCCUCCUACCAAGGUGGGAGUGGAAGAGGAGAAAAAUGCAGAAAAAGACAGCAGUGACUUUAACUGUCUUGUUGCAGUUGGGAGAUUGCAUCCUUAUGUUGUUCCACAAAAGAGUGGUCAGAUAAAGGUGAAACCAACAGAAUUUGUUACACGCUUUGCCAUGGAUGGAAAAUUUGUUUAUGUAGACCUACGUGCAACAGCAAUUUUAGGGUAUCUGCCACAAGAGCUUCUAGGAACUUCUUGUUACGAGUACUUCCAUCAAGAUGAUCACAAUCAUCUAGCUGAUAAACACAAAGCAGUGUUGCAGAGUAAAGAAAAAAUAUUUACAAAUUCCUACAAAUUCAGAGCAAAAGAUGGAACUUUCAUUACAUUGAAGAGUCAGUGGUUUAGUUUCAUCAAUCCAUGGACCAAAGAACUGGAGUACAUUGUAUCAACCAACACUGUAGUGUUGAGUCACAAUGAGUCGGGAGACGAAGCAUUACUACCCUGUAGUUCCCAGUCCUCAGAAGAUACUUCAAAGCAGUCUUUUCCCAGUGUGCCUGGGAUGUCCUCUGGAACAAUACUUGGUGCUGGAAGCAUAGGAACUGAGAUUGCAAAUGAAGUAAUGAACUUAGAAAGGUUACACUGUUCUCCAUCUAUUGGUGAGUUAAGUCCAUCUGAUCUUAUGAGGAAAUCUUUUCCAACUUUAACUCCAAAAUGCAGCAAUGUGCCAAAUAAAGAGUCGAUUCGGUUAUGUCCUUCAGAAAUGGAGGGCUUAGAGACCUUGGGGCAAAAUCAGGACACUGUUUCAUUCCCAAGCAAUGAACCUCUUCUCAGUGACAGUUGCCAGUUGGAUUUUGAUGCAGUGUGUGAAAAUGAUGACACUGCCAUGGCUUCACUCAUGAAUUACUUGGAAGCUGAAGGAGGCCUCGGGGAUCCAACAGAACUCAGUGAUAUACAAUGGGCUUCCUAGUGGUUCUUUUUUAUACAAAUGAGAAGAAUGUAAAAUUCUGUAAUGCACAACAACCACACAUCCUCAAGUACUGUAUUGGUAAUUUUUAAGGCUUUAUUUUAAUUCAUAUUUACUAUCUGUAUAUUUGCUAAGACUUUUAUGCUUUGUUCACAAAGAAAUGGCUUUUUCUGCACAUAUGGAAAAAAUGUGAUUUUUUUCAUGACCAACAGCCUCAAAAUUUUUUUGCUCCAUAUCUAACUAGAGUGCUUACAAGUCGUGGUUAUAUUUUUGCUAAAAAGCUUUAACCCAAAGAUACCGUACAAUGUAUAGGAAUAACUGUGUUAAUCUGAAUGUUUUAAUACUUUUUAAAGAAAGCUUUUAUUUGUAAUUUUCUUCUACGAAUUGAGUGGAAAAGUGUAUUAUUUAUACAUGUCACUUCUGUAGGACUUUCUCUACUUGCGCAGUUUGAGAUAUGUUUGUUUUUGUACCUCUAUGCUUUCUUUGAAAAUAUGGUUUCCACACUGCAAAAUUGUAAGAUAAAGUACUAUAGUACAAAAGGGGACACUACAUUUUAAAAUUCUUUGCCCUUUCUAAAAGUAUUGUGUGCAAUUUUUGUAGUCAAGUAAAAACAAAAGAAAAAACAAUAGUCUUUGAGAGUUCUGGACAAACAAUGUUAAACAUUGUCCCACAGCACAAAUGUGACAGGUGCAGAAGGAGAGAAACAAAAUAGUUUAAUACAAAGUAUUAUUUAAAUAUAUUAGCAGAGGACAGAACACACAACCAAAGUAGUAAUAUUGUAACUGUAAUAAAGCAAUUUGGUCACUAUAGUUCAGGGGAUAUUAUUGCCUUGGAAAUAUGUUAUAGAACAGUGGAUGUCAACCUCUUUUCAUUUGCAGUUCCCUAAAAAAAUUUGAAUGAAGGGAUAGAUGGAUCCCUCUGGAAAUCUUAGACAUAGUCUAUGGACCUCCAGAGGUCCACGGACCAUAAAUUGAAACCACUGUUAUAGAGCAUAGCUAUUUAAAGAGAGCAGAUAUAAAAUUAGUUAAUAUAAUCUUAUAAUCUGGAGAAAAGUGAGAAUUGAGGAGCUGGAGAUUUUAAAAAGUAAUAAAGUGGGAUUAAGACUAGUCAGAAGUGGUAAAGUAUGUUUGACCUUAAUGGCUUUUUCCUGCUUAAUGUCUUAUGUAACAUACAGUUAUAUAAUAUACAGUUUUGCAAGCUUUGCUCACCAAUAUUAGGUGUCUAAGGUUGAGGUCUUAAACACUGAGGCAUCCAAAAUCACUAGCCACUUUUGAAAGAAUCCUGGCCUUUAUCUCUAUCUAUUAAUUGAGACUGUUGAAACUACAUUUGAGUUAUGUAACUACACAAAAUAGUAGGAGAAACGUACGUGUGUGUGUGUGUGUGUAUUGGCAAUAGGUGGUUCGCAAGUGGCAAUAUGGGGUAUGCACUGAAUUGAUUUCUCCAAAAUACAAGUACUAUAAAAGGUAUUAUAUAAAAGAGUAUUCUAUUACUUAAUACUAGCUGCAAAUACUUUUUUUGUGCUACUACAAUCCUUUAAUAUAUAAUUGAUGUAUUUCGCAUUCUUAUUUCUAAUAUUAUAAUCUUCUUGCAAAACAUGUGAUCCAGUGACCCUUGAGUGCAGCACCGUUAAUAUGUUGUAUUAAAACAAUAUGGUAUUAGUAUCCAGGUACGGAUGUGUUACCUCGUACAUUGUAUGUGCAGAUAAAUGAGUGAGUCAGUCAAAGGAUUAUGCCAUAUAUGCUCCCCCCCCCGCCCC